AUGAGCGGCACGUCGCACUCCCUGCCGUUCGGAGGAGACCUGAUUCGCCCCGCCUGCUUUUGGUCCCGUCGCGGAAACGGGGGCUUAGGCGUGAGUCGGGGGCGGGGCUGCCAGGACCCGGGAGGGCCUCCGCCGGGGGCGUCCCUCUCCGCGGCGAGCACGUGCGGGCUUCGGGGGGGCCCCAAGCCAUCCAGGUUUGGCUCCGUGGACUGGCUUUCCCAGAGCAGCCGUGUGGGGCCGUCACACACCUCCAGGCCUGCUGAAGUCUCUUGGAGAAGCCUCUCGCCUCCAGCGAGGGUAUCCAGCAGCAGGGAGUUCCCUCAGACUGGGGGCACGGAGGAGAAGCCCUCAGAAGUGUCUUCACGGGGGACGCCCACGGCUGGCUGGAGCCGGGAGGCAGACGCCCUGCGGGCUCCCCGCGUGCGCACGGCCUUCUCCGCAGAGCAGGUCAGCACCCUGGAGAGCGCCUUCCAGCGCCGCUGCUACCUGGGCCCCGCGGAGCGCCGGAGGCUGGCCCGGGACAUGCGGCUCUCAGAGGUCCAGAUAAAAACCUGGUUUCAGAAUCGCCGCAUGAAACACAAGCGCCAGCUGCAGGACUCCCGGCUGAGCAGCCCCUUCCCGGGAGCGCUCUGCCCGCCGGUGCCGCUCUGCUCACCCCCCUCUGCCCUCGGCAGUGGCUUGCAGCUUCUGUGCCCUUGGGCAUCCCCACUGGGGCCUCCUGCUCUGACACAGCCCCCUGCCUCCAUGUGGGACCCCCGCCAAGUGGAUCAAGCCUCCCUGGCCUUGGCGUGGGCCCCGGGCCACAGGCUGCCUCCAACAUUCUGCCUCCCGGACCCUGGGGGCCAGGCGCACACACUGGGUCCAGCCCUGUCCAGGGGACCCUGGAACCAGUGUGCCCUGCCCCAGACCGGGGAUGCCUUUUGAGGAAGUGUGAUAAGCCAGAGGCCUGGGCUGGAGCAGGAGCUGUCCCACCCGAAGCUGGUGGCUGUGGAGCGGCGCCCGGCAGCUCACUGGAGAGCUGUUCGCGGUCUGUUACCGUUCACAGUGACGCCGGGUGUGAGCUGCGCGCCCAUCCACGGGCUGGACCUGGAACCCUGACCCACCGUAAGGUUCCGGAGGGCUACAGUUGAAGACAUUCACUGAAUACUGCUCCAGGCUUAGUUUAAGAAUGAAAUGAUGGUUCGUGAACAAAAUCAAAAGACAAGUGGACUUGAUGAGUGUCGGGCUUCUAGUGCGUGAUCAAAGGGUAAUUUAUUCAUUAUAAAGUGUUGGGAAAAGUAAAGAUUCAGGGGUCCCUGGCUGGGUGGAGCAUGCAACUCUUGAUCUCGGGGCUGUGAGUUCAAGCCCUGCGUUGGGCGUAGAGCUUAAAAAUAAAAUCUAAAA